AUGCAUGCUGACUGGACAAUCAAGUCUCUAGGAAACAUCGCUCUCAUCCUUGGUGCUCUUACUGCUGGUGGCGGUAUCACCGGUUACGUGAGGACUGGCUCCGUGCCAUCAAUCGCAGCUGGAUGUACUGUUGGACUUCUGUAUAUGCUCGGUGGCUACCGUGUCAACAGCCGCGCAGCCUACGGUGUCGAGUUGGCUCUUCUCGCUUCUGUCAUUCUUGCGGGUAGCUCAAUUCCUCGCGCGAUCAAGUCCGGCAAGCCGCUUCCCAUUGGACUGAGCAUUCUGGCGACAUUCGGUCUGUGGACAUUCGGCAAUGCGUACAUGAACAAACGCGUAUGA